CCGGGCUCACGUGGUCGCGAGGGGCGGGCGGGCGGGGUGGGCGUGCUGCUGACCCCUGCCCUCUGCCCCGGCCAUGAGCGCGCAGCCCCCCAACUUCUCGUGGGUGCUGCCCGGCCGCCUGGCGGGGCUGGCGCUGCCCCGGCUGCCCGCGCACUACCACUUCCUGCAGGAGUGCGGCGUGCGGCACCUGGUGUCGCUGACCGAGCACCGGCCCCCCCACGCCGACAGCUGCCCGGGCCUCGCGCUCCACCACCUGCGCGUGCCCGACUUCACGGCGCCGGCCCCCCAGCAGAUCGACCGCUUCGUGCAGCUGGUGGACGAGGCCAACGCCCGCGGCAAGGCCGUGGCCGUGCACUGUGCACUGGGUCUGGGCCGGACCGGCACCAUGCUGGCCUGCUACCUGGUGAAGGCCCAGGGCCUGACCGCGGGGGACGCCAUCGCAGAAGUCCGGCGCCUUCGGCCCGGCUCCAUCGAGACCCACGGGCAGGAGAAGGCCGUGUUCCAGUUCUACCAGCGCACCAAGUAGGCUGGGCCACAGCCGGCCCGGCCCGGCCCAGCCCCCGCACACCCCAGGGCUCUGGGCGGCAUCUGGCACUGCCGGGCACUGCCCACAAUAAACCUUCACGAACUGGCCCGGGACUGAGAGUUUCUGGCGCGCAGAGGUCUGCGUGCCCUUGGUGUGGGCGAGGGGCCGGCUCCGGGAGGCCUGGCCAGGGGCAGAAAGCAGUGGGGACCGCAGUGGGGACCAGACGGGGACCCGGAGCUGCUGCUGCCUGUUGAUUCUGGGUUCCGCGCCGAGCUGUGCCUUGCAGGUUCCGGGUGUUCCUCUGGAAACUCCCUCGGUCAGCCUGGCCACCCCCACCCUGCACAGGGGAGGCUGCAGGACAGUCCCCUCCCUCAGGUCAGCCUGGCCACCCCCACCCUGCACAGGGGAGGCUGCAGGACAGUCCCCUCCCUCAGGUCAGCCUGGCCACCCCCGCCCUGCACAGGGGAGGCUGCAGGACCGUCCCCUCCCUCGGUCAGCCUGGCCACCCCCGCCCUGCACAGGGGAGGCUGCAGGACCGUCCCCUCCCUCGGUCAGCCUGGCCACCCCCACCCUGCACUGGGGAAGGUGGUCUGUGGGAUUGCAGCUGUGCCCAGCAAGGCCUUGAAAUCGGGGUCCACACAGCCAGCCCGCGCCCCAGAGCCGAGACCCUCCACCUGCCACGGCCCUGUGCUCCCCAGCGCGGUCUCCUGCGGCCAGCCGGGCUGGACACCCCCUGGGAGUUUGUGCUGAGCGUGUGGGACCCAGGAGACCCCUCGUCCAGCCCCAGCCAGGUGCUCAGGGCACUGAAGACCCACCUGCUCCUGGCCCCAGCGGGGCGCCCCGAGCCCACUCUGAGACGGUGCUCCCUCCCACGCCUGGGCCCCGCCUGGGCCCUGCCUGGCCUGCCAGAGUGGCCCCAUGCGCCAGCACCCAGGCCGCAUGAGGGUACGAGAUCCCCUCACCAGCCACCCCACAGCGCCAGGGUUCAUAGUGUGUCUCAGACACCCAGAGCCACUGCCAAACGGGGACUGCCCAUGCGUGUCCACUUGCUGUGGGCGUGUGUCACGUGUGUGCAUGUAUUGUGUACAUGUGCAGUGAGUGUGUGCACAGUGUCUGUGUCACAUAUGGUGUACGUGUAUAUGUGAACCGUGUAUGCCUGCAGUGUAGUGUGUGUCACAUGUGCAUAUGUGUGAGCUGUAUGUACGUGCAGUGAAUGUAUACAAUGUCACGUGUGGUGAGCAUGUAUGUGUGAGCUGUGUGUACAUGCAGUGAGUGUGCACAGUGUGUGUCAUGUGUGUAUAUUGUCUGUGUGCGGUGUCUGCAUAUACAUGUGUGGCAUCAAUGUACAUGUGUGUACUGCUGAUGUAUGUGUCCACAUAUGUGGUGUCUGCAUGUACACAUGUGCAGCAUGCAUGUAUGCAUGUGUACUGUCCAUGUACAGGCAAGUGUGUGCCGUGUCUGCAUGGUGCACCAGUUGGCAGGCAGUGACACGAGUUUUAGGACCCUCUCUGGGACCCCCGGGUGGGAGCCCGGUGCAGAGGUAGCACCCCAGUUCCUGCGUCUGUCCCCAGCGGGCCUCCCCCUCUCCUGGUGCAGGCUGCCGCCCUUCCCAGAGACCCAGGCUCUCUCAGCCGCCCUCCUUGAU